AUGGGGCUGCCCUGGCUAUGGCUGUGGCUGAAGCGGCUAGGAAUAUUCCUGCAGGUGGUCGUGGAGGUGGCUGUGGGCAAGGUGCUAAUGACACUGUUCCCAGAGAGAGCCAAGCGGAACAUCCUGGCCAUGGGUGAAAAGACCGGCAUGGCCAGGAAUCCCCGAUUCUCCCCCAACAACUGGGUCCCGACCUUCUUCAGCAUCCAGUACUUCUGGUUCGUCUUGAAGGUCCGGUGGCAGAGACUGGAGGACAGGGCUGAACUUGGGGGGCCGGCCCCUAACUGCACGGUGAUCCGUCUCUCGGGACAGAAGUGCAACAUUUGGGAUUUCAUUCAAGGCAACCGGCCGCUGGUGUUGAAUUUUGGCAGCUGCACCUGACCUUCGUUUCUUUUCAAAUUUGACCAAUUCAAGAGACUUGCAGACGACUUUGCCUCCACAGCAGAUUUCCUCAUCAUUUACAUUGAAGAAGCUCAUGCGACAGAUGGCUGGGCUUUUAAGAACAAUGUGGACAUCAGGCAGCACCGGAGCCUCCAGGACCGCCUGCGGGCGGCACACCUGCUGCUGGACAGGAGUCCCCAGUGUCCUGUGGUGGUGGACACAAUGCAGAACCAGAGCAGUCAGCUCUACGCAGCUCUACCAGAGAGGCUCUACGUGGUACAGGAGGGCAGGAUCUGCUACAAGGGUAAACCUGGCCCUUGGAACUACAAUCCAGAGGAAGUCCGCGCUGUCCUGGAAAAGCUUUGCACUUCAUCUGGACACACGCCUCAGCUCUAG